AUGAAAUUAAAAUUUACUCAUGCUAUCCGAGCUCCCUUCGCCUCGAAGAAUCUGGAAAGAGGUUAUCCCGUGUCCCCCGUCGUCGUGAGUACGCAUUUUUAUUAUGAUCGUGCACACGGGGACUUACGCCGGGGUUACACUUCUUCGGUUGACCUUGACGCCACUAGCACUCGAUCUCGAUACUUGGCAAUCCGCUCGGACCGGCUCGUCGUCUCCGAAGAAACGGUUGUGCAAGAAGCGUUCAGGCUAGCACAUACGUCGUGUAGCGGGUCUGUGGAGAGAGAUACUUCCGCUGGAAAUUCUCAGCGCAUGUCAAUGGGAGAAUUCGGCACAGGCCAUAGCGUUAGGGGGUCGAGACGCGAAAUGACUAAAGCCAAAAGGUAUUUAGACAUCUCCUGGAUUCUCCAAGAGAAUUUCUCACGUUCAUUAGAGUUACUUGCAGUAUUCGUACUUUGCACCCUCAGGCUGAACACGACGGGUAGGUGGUACAUCUUUGAUAUGGGCGUGAAUGAGAAACAAAUGCUUGCUGCAUACACGCGGACACACCACCUGGCAAUGGUAAAAGAUCCAUCCUCAUCCUCAAAGAAAUGA